AGCCAACCGUGUAGGCCCAUGCCGUUUCCUGCUUUCGCACUCCCUCUCCCAACUACCAAAACCUUGCUUGGACUUUAUAAAACCACGGCCUCUUUCUCCCCUUCAUCACCUCAUUCAGCAGCUCCUCCCGCCUGGCGAGAUUUCGGGAUCCAAUAACCCGCCGGCGACACACGCCGUAUCGUAGAACACAUUUGGGUCACCCGAAGCAAUGGCUCUUGCAUACGGCACGGCCACGUCUCUUCUCCCACACAAAGUCCUUCCCCAAACCCAGAAACAACCAAUUUCACAUUUCUACCAGCAUGGGUUUUCCGCCAGCCCUGUCAGAUCCAUUCAAUCCAUCUCCGCCGUCCAUUCUGCUGACCAUUCCAAGUCUACCUCUAAACCUACCCCACCUUCCGCCACCUCUACGUCCGCCGCGUCUGCGCAAACUCGGGUGGCCUCCAAGCCCGAGGCUGGCGCGAACAAAUGGGCAGUUGACAGCUGGAAAUCCAAGAAGGCCCUUCAGCUCCCUGAUUACCCGGAUCAGGCUGAGCUUGAAUCGGUGCUGUCCACUAUUGAGUCUUUCCCGCCUAUCGUGUUUGCUGGAGAGGCGCGCAGCUUGGAGGAGAAGCUUGGAGAGGCCGCGAUGGGUAGGGCGUUCUUGCUACAAGGUGGAGACUGUGCGGAGAGUUUCAAAGAGUUCAAUGCUGUUAACAUUAGGGACACUUUCAGAAUCCUCCUUCAAAUGGGAGUUGUUCUUAUGUUCGGAGGCCAAAUGCCUGUCGUCAGGGUAGGAAGAAUGGCUGGACAGUUUGCUAAGCCAAGAUCAGACCCAUUCGAGGAAAGGGAUGGUGUAAAAUUGCCAAGUUACAGGGGAGACAAUGUUAAUGGAGAUGCAUUUGAUGAAAAGUCAAGGACUCCUGAUCCGCAGAGGUUGAUCCGGGCGUAUUGCCAAUCUGCUGCCACGUUGAAUCUCUUGAGGGCUUUUGCAACUGGAGGUUAUGCUGCUAUGCAGAGGGUGACUCAGUGGAACUUGGAUUUCACCGAGAAUAGUGAGCAGGGUGAUAGGUAUCGUGAACUAGCUCAUAGAGUUGAUGAAGCCCUUGGUUUCAUGGCUGCUGCUGGUCUUACGAUGGACCAUCCUAUUAUGAAAACUACUGAGUUUUGGACGUCUCACGAGUGCUUGCACUUGCCAUAUGAGCAGUCACUUACCAGACUGGAUUCAACAUCUGGUCUGUACUAUGACUGCUCAGCCCACUUUAUUUGGGCUGGAGAACGAACCAGACAACCGGAUGGGGCUCAUGUUGAGUUCUUGAGAGGAGUUGCUAACCCCCUAGGGAUUAAGGUGAGUGACAAGAUGAAUCCAGAUGAUUUGGUCAGGCUCAUUGAGAUCUUGAAUCCAAAGAACAAGCCAGGGAGGAUCACGAUAAUCACUAGAAUGGGAGCAGAGAACAUGAGGGUCAAGCUUCCUAAUUUGAUCAGGGCAGUCAGAAGGGCAGGGCAAAUUGUUACGUGGGUAUCAGAUCCUAUGCAUGGAAAUACUAUUAAGGCUCCUUGUGGUCUGAAAACUCGGCCUUUUGAUUCCAUCCGGGCUGAAGUGAGAGCAUUCUUUGACGUGCACGAGCAAGAAGGAAGCCAUCCUGGAGGGGUGCACUUAGAAAUGACCGGCCAAAAUGUGACGGAGUGCAUCGGUGGAUCUCAAACUGUGACCUUUGAUGACCUUAGCUCACGUUACCACACCCAUUGUGAUCCCAGACUGAAUGCCUCCCAAUCCCUUGAGCUUGCUUUCAUUAUUGCUGAACGCUUAAGAAAGAGGAGAAUUGGAUCUCAAAGCUUAUCCUUACUGUAGGGGGGUUGGUUAUGGCAUUUUGUUUCUUAUGCCACUUUCUUUUUCUGUUAUUCCACUUCUUUUAUCGUGGUAAAGACUGUUACAAACUCAAUUACAAUGCAUAUCAGAAAAACGUGACAGUAUGAUGUAUGUGAGUUCCAGAGCUAAAUUAGACAAUGAAUAAAGUGAAAUAAGUAUUUCCAAUUAACUAGAGUAUAUUCGGGUGA